CUCCGAGGGCAGCUCGCCGGCUCCGCGCACCGCGCACCGCUCCGGAAGACUUCGGGUGGUUGUUGUGACAAGAAUUGGGUUUUCGCAAGGCUUUUCUUUUUUUUUUUUUCCUUUUUUUUUCUUCUUUCCUUUUGAUUUUUUUAAAUUCCCUUUUCCUGCGAGAACACCCCCCACACCGCCCGCCUUCCUUUCCGCAGCAGUUUCUGCCACCGCCGCGAUACAUAGGUGUAUAUAAUAAUAAUCACAGUAAUUAAGAGGGAGGGAGAGACCGCCAGAGACCACCCUGCCCCCGGCGACCUGAAGGAUGCUGCUGCGGUGCCGCUGCUAAAGGACACGCUGGGAUUUAGCUCGUGUCUGAGACUCUUUCUCUCCCGCUCUCUCCCUCUCUGCCCUCUUCCUUCUCCGCGGAGCGGUCCCUGCCGGGGGUGAGGCCCUCCACCCAUCGCCCCUCUUCCUCCUCCUCCUCUCCUCCCCCCGCGGCUCCGCUCUCCUCGCCUCGCCGGGGGAAGCCCUCUCCAUGAUGCAGGCUCGCUACUCCGUCUCGGACCCCAACGCCUUGGGAGUGGUGCCGUAUUUAAGCGAGCAGAACUACUACCGGACGGCGGGGACGUACGGCGGCAUGGCCAACCCCAUGAGCGUCUACUCGGGCCACGCCGAGCCCUACGCGGCGGGCAUGGGGCGCUCCUACGGGCCCUACCACCCGCACCAGCCCGCCGCCCCCAAGGACCUGGUGAAGCCGCCCUACAGCUACAUCGCCCUUAUCACCAUGGCCAUCCAGAACGCCCCCGACAAGAAGAUCACGCUCAAUGGGAUUUACCAGUUCAUCAUGGACCGCUUCCCCUUCUACCGCGAGAACAAGCAGGGCUGGCAGAACAGCAUCCGCCACAACCUCUCGCUCAACGAGUGCUUCGUCAAGGUGCCCCGCGACGACAAGAAGCCGGGCAAGGGCAGCUACUGGACCCUGGACCCCGACUCCUACAACAUGUUUGAAAACGGCAGCUUCCUGCGCCGCCGGAGACGCUUCAAGAAGAAGGACGUGUCCAAGGAGAAGGAGGAGGCCCGGGAGCGGCUGCUGAAGGAGCAGCCCAAGCCCCCCGGGCUCGCCGGCGCCGACAUCCCCAAGGAAGCCUCCUCCUCCUCCUCCUCUGCCUCUGCGCCUUCCUCCGAGAAGAAGGUGGUCAUCAAGAGCGAGACGGCGUCGCCGGAGCUGCCGGUGAUCACCAAGGUGGAGACGCUGAGCCCGGCGAGCGGCGGGGCGCUGCGGGACAGCCCCCGCAGCGCGGCCUCGCCGCCCUCGGCCUCCCCCGAGGGCUCGCUGCCCGAGCACCACCCGUCCAGCAACGGGCUGCCGGGUUUCAGCGUGGAGAACAUCAUGACCCUGCGGACUUCGCCGCCGGCGGAGCUCAGCCCGGUGAGCGCGGCCUCGGGCCGCCCGGGGGGCGGCCUGGCGCUCAGCUACCCCCCGGGGCAGCCGUCGGGCUACAGCCAGGCGUGCAGCCAGGCCCUGGACACUAGUGGGAGCUACCACUGCAGCAUGCGGGCCAUGAGCCUCUACAGCGGCGAGCGGCCGGGCCACAUGUGCGUGCCCCCCGCGGCGCUGGAGGAGGGCCUGGCGGAGCACCCCACGGGCGCCCCGUCGCCCCUGGGCGCCCUGAGCCUGCCGUCGGGGCAGGAGGGCGCGCUGGGCGCCGGGCAUCCGCACGGCGGCGGCGGCGGCGGCGGCUCCGCGGCCGCGCAGCCCGCCGCCUCCUGGUACCUCAACCACGGCGCUGAGCUGAGCCACCUGCCCGGGCACGGCUUCGGCUCGCAGCAGCAGACUUUCCCCAACGUCCGCGAGAUGUUCAGCUCGCACCGGCUCGGCAUGGAGAGCGCCUCGCUCAGCGACCACCAGGUGAGCAGCAACUCCACCUGUCAGCUCCCCUAUAGGUCCGCGCCCUCCCUAUACCGCCACGCCACCCCCUACUCCUACGACUGCACUAAGUAUUGAGUAGCCGCGACUCUGCCGCCUAGGGCCAUUCGCCAAAAAAAAAAAUAAAAUAAAAUAAACAAAAAAAAAAUUAAAAAAUUUUAAAAAACAACGAUAAUAAUAAUUAAAAAAAAUCAGGAGGAAAAAAAAAAAAAAAAAAACCCAACACCAGACAAACACUCCAGACAGCGUAAGGAAAGAUUUGACAACCUCUCGGUGGACCUGGGAACCACAGAGUUUGUAGAUCCCAAGCCCUGUUUCGGUCCUCUUUAAAUUCCAGGCAAGUAAAUUCUACUUGAAAAAAGGAUCGCUCCUAAAAAUAAUAAUAAGAAAAAGUCUAUAUAUAUGUCUAUCUAAGCAAAGUGGCAAAUUUUAUAUGCUAAAGUAUAGGGAGUCUCAGAAAAUAAGUUAUGGACCAAUAUCACAGCGACCAUUUAUACGAUUUAAAAGAAAAAAAAAUAUAUAAAUAUAUAUAUAUAAUUAUAUGUCCUGGGUAUUUUUUAAGUUCUCUGUUGUGCUGUAAAAAAUGUGUGGAUUUCUAAUCAGGCUAAUUUUCAGAGCCAUUAAUAUAAUAUUUAAAGUUGAGUUCACUGGAUUAUUUUUGUGUCGCCCAACAAUUUCUAACUUCCAAAUUAAUGACAAGUGAUUUCUUCUUCUUCUUCUUUUUCUUCUGUGUACAAUUAUGCAAUAGAGUUUCUCUCAUUUUAGAGUUGUUCUUUUUGCAAGACGAGGAAAUAAUUUAUUUUUUGCUGGUGGAUUUUUGAAAGAAAAAAAAGACAAAGUAUCUGAUACUUUUUAAUUAUUAUUUACAACGUGUGAUGUUUUGUAUAAUAGAUUUCACCUUGACCAUUCCUGAGGACUAUUGCUUUAAUCUGCUUCAAAGUUCGUUUUGUCUUAUGUGGUCCUAAUUGUUGUACUUACCUUAAAAUAAAUCCAUGCUGUUUUUUUUUCCUGCUCCAA